AUGGGUUGUUCAGCUAUGAAAUAAAAGAAGAAGGAUAUACAAAGUGCUAAUUUAGAAAUAAUACUCAAACAACAAAUUUAUGAUUUAAUACAUUAAUGUAAUAACAAAUCACUAAUUUAAAGAACAAUAGAUUACUCUAGACAGUUAAAAAGAAAUAUUAAUUUAUGAUAACAACUUAGAAAAGGAGGUAAAGGUUCCAAAGUUGAGAUAGCCAAGUAAAUAUUUUAAAUAAAAUUUAAGUAUUCAAUUCACUUGUAUAAAGAAGAAAGUUGUAGAGAUUUGAAGAUAAUGUUCAGUUGUUUAGUAAUUGA